GCGCAUGCGCAGUAACCUCAUUCGGACAGCUCCGCUAGUCGCGGUAAAAAUAGUUUUGGUGUGAAAAGUUGAUUAGUAGCGCAGCUUCGUUUCUCCGCUUCUGGUUCAGUCUCUUCAGCAGCAGGAUGGCAAACGAGGACAAGACAAACACAUGUGGGACGAUUUGCCUCAAAUACCUGCUUUUCACCUUUAAUCUGCUCUUCUGGUUGUCUGGAGGUGCUGUGAUGGCAGUGGGGCUGUGGACUUUAGUGGACAAAAGUGACUAUAUCAGUCUACUGUCCUCCAGCACGUACUCCUUAGCUGCCUACAUCCUGAUUGCAGCAGGAGCUAUCGUCAUGCUUACUGGAGUCCUGGGCUGCUGUGCAACCAUUAAAGAGAGCAGAGCACUUCUGAUUGUGUUCUUUGUUUUGCUGCUGUUAAUAUUCCUGCUGGAGAUCACUGCUGGAGUGUUGGCCUAUGUGUAUUAUCAAGAGUGUUUCCCUUUCUGCUAUCAGCUGAAUGAGGAGCUGAGGGCGGACCUGAAGGAAACCAUGGUGCAAAAAUACCAGCAGCCUGGAGAGGACCAUGUGACCAGAGCUGUAGACAAACUCCAGCAGGAUCUGAAAUGCUGCGGAAGUAACAGCUCGGCAGACUGGCAGCAGGGAACCUGGAUUCACACAUUUGCUGACGGCCGGCUGGUGCCUGACAGCUGCUGCAAGACCCCCACUGACCACUGUGGAUUGAGAGACCACCCAUCCAACAUCUACAAAGUAGAGGGAGGCUGCAUAUCUAAGCUAGAAGAGUUUAUCCUUCAGCACUUGCAGAUAUUGGGUGCAGUAGGGAUUGGAAUUGCGUUCCUACAGAUUUUGGGAAUGCUCUUCACCUGCUGUUUGUAUCGAAGUUUAAAGGAUGAACCUUACUGAGAUCCAUUAUCCUACCCUAAAACUCCAAAAAUCCACCCAGGCAUCCUUUGGCCUUCUCACCCUCUGCUGUUUUGUGCUGCUAUGCAAUGUAAAUAAUUUGUGAUGUGUGAUAAAAUUAUCAAAUGCAGCAUGUGAUACAGAAGUUACUGUGGCUGCAGGGCAGCCAUUUUUACAAGAAAAGGUCCAGGCUAUUUGAUAAAAAAUUGAAAGACAAUCUUUGCAUUUUAGAGAGCUUAAAGCCUAGAUCUGUGUAGUCUACAUGCUAAACCAUUAGAGGAUUGUUUUUGUUUUUAAAUACUGAAGUCAUUGUUUAGUGUUUCUCCAUUUCUGAGACAGACUCCAGCGAUUGAUGUACAAAUGAACUGCUUGAAGAAUUUAUUAGUGUAACGAUACAUUGUCCAGAUUGUCUAGGUAAUACAUGUUUCCAGAUGUAUCCAGAUACAGUGAGUCCAAGAAGUAUUUGAUCCCUUGCUGAUUUUCUUCGUUGGCCCACUAAUAAAGACAUGAUCAUUCUAUA